AUGCGUUUCCGGGUUUUCUCACUGGAAUUUUGCAUUUUCUUUUGCUGCAUUAUCUUCUCCAGCCAAGCUAGAUUUCACUACCAUUCAAAGCACAAACAUUUUCAGACACUUCACCAAAUUUUACAGCCCCCUUCUCCUCCACCUGAGCCAGCCAGGCAAACCAAAGAUGGGAAUUCAUCUAUAUCUACCAUCAUUUUCGAUGUAAGAACAUUUGGUGCUAUCGGGGAUGGCACCACAGAUGACACGGAAGCAUUCAAGAGAGCAUGGGCCACAGCCUGCCAAGUUAAUUACCCGGUUUUGCUCGUUCCUUAUGGGUACUCCUUCAUGAUCCAAUCUACAAUUUUCACAGGUCCUUGUCAAAACGGGUUCGUGUUUCAGGUUGAUGGUGCUCUUAUGCCACCUGAUGGACCUGAGUCAUGGCCACAGAAUAAUAGUAGGCGCCAGUGGUUGGUCUUCUACAGAGUUGCUGAAUUUUCACUGCAAGGAGGGGGUCUUAUCAAUGGGAGAGGAGAGAAAUGGUGGAGUCUUCCCUGCAAACCCCACAGGGGAAUGAAUGGAACAACACUGCCAGGACCAUGUGAUAGCCCAAUUGCCAUAAGGUUCUUCAUGAGCUCCAACUUGACUAUACAAGGACUUAAAGUCAAGAACAGCCCCCAAUUUCACUUCAGAUUUGAUAACUGCAAGAAUGUCCAUGUCGAGUCUAUAUACAUAUCGUCUCCUGCCCUAAGUCCCAACACCGACGGGAUUCACAUAGAGAACACAAAUGGGGUUCAAAUUCAUAAUUCAGUGAUCUCCAAUGGUGAUGAUUGCGUAUCAAUCGGAUCAGGCUGCUACGAUGUAGACAUAAGGAACAUCACUUGUGGACCUAGUCAUGGAAUCAGCAUCGGGAGUUUAGGCAAACGCGGCUCGAGAGCCUGUGUUUCUAACAUAACAGUCAGAGACUCAGUCAUAAAAAGUUCAGACAAUGGGGUUAGGAUCAAAACAUGGCAAGGUGGAUCAGGAGCUGUUUCGGGAGUGACAUUUAGUAAUAUUCAUAUGGACAACGUUAGGAACCCAAUCAUUAUAGACCAGUUUUACUGCCUCACCAAAGGCUGCACCAACCAAACCUCAGCUGUUAUUGUCUCGAACAUUUUGUACACAAACAUAAAGGGAACCUAUGAUGUUCGAAGCCCACCGAUGCGUUUUGCCUGCAGCGACUUGGUCCCAUGUGCUAACUUAACCUUAUCAGAAGUAGAGCUUCUUCCUGGUCAGGGAGACUUGGUUUUGGAUCCAUUCUGUUGGAAUGCCUAUGGAGACUUGCAGACAUUGAUAAUUCCACCAGUGUCCUGCUUGUUUGAGGGCAUUCCUCAAUCCGUCACGGAGAAUGAAUUAAUGGGUCAUUGCUGA